CAACAACCCCGCUUUGCUUUCUCGCCUCGCACUUCGAACCUCAACCUCGGCCUCAUUGUUCUUCGAGAUGUCGAUGCUUACGCGUUCUAUUCCUCGCUGGACGGCUGCCAUCCAGCUACGAAGCAGUCGUGGACUGGCGACCGCAAAGCCCAAGGUCCUGCUGUUGGACCCAGUCAACCUGGCACAUGAAGAGCUGGCAAAUCUCGAACGCGAAGCUGAACUGAUCCCUCUCAAGAGUCAAGAUCGGGCUACUUUCAUCCAGGACCUCAGCACGGCCUACAGCUCCGUAUCCGCCAUUUACCGCCACUUCAAAGGCACUGGCUCCAUCAACGUGACUGGGCGAUUUGACGAAGAGCUAGUGUCCAAACUCCCUUCGUCCCUGCGGUUCAUUGCCCACAAUGGAGCGGGAUACGAUCAGAUUUCUGUGGACCCAUGCACAAGCCGAAAGAUUCAAGUGACCAAUGUGCCUUCUGUGGUUGACAAUGCGACUGCCGACACGGCUCUCUUUCUCAUUCUAGGAUCCCUCCGGCAGUUCAAUGUCGCUCUUGCCAAUGCCCAAGCAGGAGAGUUUCACCGCGGCCUGCCACUGUCAUCCGACCCGGCAGGCAAGGUCUUGGGCAUCAUCGGGAUGGGCGGUAUCGGCAGGGCCCUCGCUAAGAGGGCUAAAGCGCUUGGGAUGACCAUCCAAUACCACAACCGGUCUCGCCUCCCAGAAGAUCUCGAGCAAGGGGCGAAAUAUGUUGGUCGGGAUGAGCUCAUCGCCACGUCUGACGUUGUUUCACUCAACCUCCCUCUCAAUGAAUCUACCAAGCACUCGAUUGGCGACGCAGAGUUUAGGGCGAUGAAGCCCACUGCCAUCUUGAUCAACACCGCCCGCGGCCCUGUGGUGGAUGAACCGGCGCUGAUUGCGGCACUGAAGUCUGGCGAAAUUGCUGGCGCCGGUCUCGAUGUCUACGAAAACGAGCCCACCAUCCCAACCGAACUUCUUCAACAUCCACGCGCGAUAUGUCUGCCACACAUUGGAACACUGUCAUACGAGACACAGAAGGAGAUGGAGGCCUUCUGUCUUCGUAAUAUCCGUGCUGGCUUGGCAAGCGGCAAGCUGACAAACGUUGUUCCCGAGCAGAAGGGCCUAUGGUAGGGUGAAUAGAUAGUAGAACUGAAUGAAUGCUUG